AUGCCGGCAGAUAAAAUACAAGUUAAAACUCCAAUUGUGGAUAUGGAUGGGGAUGAAAUGACAAGAAUUAUCUGGAAGCUCAUCAAAGACAAAUUGAUUUUCCCAUAUCUAGAUAUAAAGUUGGAUUAUUAUGAUUUAGGAAUUGAGAAUAGAGAUUUCACAAAUGAUAAGGUCACCGUUGAUUCUGCAUUGGCGACAAAAAAAUAUGGGGUCGCUGUAAAGUGUGCAACAAUCACACCCGACGAAGCCAGAGUAAAGGAAUUUGGCCUUAAGAAAAUGUGGAUGUCUCCAAAUGGUACCAUUAGAAAUAUUUUGGGAGGAACGAUAUUUAGAGAGCCGAUUGUGAUAAAUAAUAUUCCUAGGAUAAUACCACAUUGGGAGAAACCGAUAGUGAUUGGCAGGCAUGCCUUCGGUGAUCAAUAUCAGUGCACCAAUAUCGUAACACCAGAUUGUGGUGGCGAUCUAACGCUAACUUUUAAUCCUAGCGAUGGAGGCAAAAAAAUAGAAAUUCCAGUCUAUCAUUUUGAUGGUAAAGGAUGCUCUUUGGUUAUGUACAACACUGCAAAAUCGAUUCUUGGAUUUGCAAAGGCCUCAUUCAAAAUGGCAUUGAGUAGAAACAUGCCAUUAUACCUUGCAACCAAAAAUACAAUUCUUAAGAAGUACGACGGUCUUUUUAAGGACAUAUUUCAGAACAUGUAUGAAGGUGAAUAUAAAGAAAAGUUCAAGCAAGCAGGAAUUUGGUAUGAGCAUCGUUUGAUUGAUGAUAUGUGGCACAGAUGA